CAGGAACUGGACCGACAAGAGAGGAAACUUGGCGCAGAACAUGUGGCAGGGAGUUGGAAAAAGCUCGUACAAAGCUACAAAGGCAGGCUUCGAAGGGAAGGGUGCGGAGAGCGAGCUUUUGGGCCAGAGUGUGAAAUCGAUCCAAUCGAGAGAGCAUUAAUCCAGAGUUGUAAACCUGGUUCAAGACCGAGAAGAAGAGAAGAUCAGAAAUGUUGAGGACGGCCAUCAACAAGAGCAGAUUGGUGGGCGCCAGAGGCAUCUGGGCUCAAGGAAGGCAAUUGCAAGCUUUCAGCUCCUCUGCAACUCAUUUGGAUUUGGAUGGCGAGAUUUCGCUGCAAGCAGCACGUACUUGGGAUGAGGGCGUCAAGUCCAAGUUUGCUACCACUCCUCUGAAGGACAUCUUCAAGAACAAGAAAGUGGUGAUAUUUGGGCUUCCUGGAGCAUACACUGGAGUCUGUACAACUCAACAUGUACCCAGCUACAUCAACAAUGCAGAAAAGUUGAAAGCAAAGGGUGUUGACACAAUAAUCUGUGUAGCAGUUAAUGAUCCAUAUGUCAUGAAUGGGUGGGCCGAGAAGCUCAAUGCGAAGGAUAAGUUGGAUUUCUUCGGGGACUUCGAUGGAAGUUUCCACAAAAGUCUCGGCCUCGAUUUCAACUUGUCGUUUGCCUUGUUGGGUCAUCGAUCUCAAAGGUGGGCCGCGUUCGUCGAUGAUGGAAAGAUCAAAGUGCUCAAUGUGGAGACUGCGCCGUCCGAAUUCAAGGUGUCAGACGCGGAAACAAUUUUGAAGAGCAUUUAGAAACGAGGUGAUGAUUGAUCUGUAGAAACACUGUAAUCCUUGACACCGUGCUCGUCUAGCAGUGUCAAUAUAUAUGCCUAUUAUCAAAAGAUUCGGGUUUUAGCAUCUCGACUCGUAUCAGUUUUAGCAUCUCGACUCGCUAUCUGCAGUGGUUGCUAUUGGUGGGCAGAGUAUGGGAUGCAUGUGAGCAUGUGUGGACUUGUGCCCAAGUAGACAGGACAUGAGCUCCAAUAACUCAACGAAGGCUGGAAAGACAUCAGAAUGAACACCAAGCGAAACUGUGCUCCGAUUGAUCGGAACUCAAAUAUAUCCUAUGGAAGGUGCACAAUCAUCUGCUCUUGUUCGAAGCAACCGUAGUACGAGCAGAAAGGUCCGCACAAGUGCUAGCUACAAAAGCGUGAAGAGAGCAUGAGCACAUAUUGCUCACAUGUAUACGCACAUGUAUGUCGACAUGAUAUUAUCCUCGAAAGCGAGAGGGCACUUAAUCAAGGUCCACAAAUCUUGCCGGCACGAGUGUGAUCUUCAAUGAACUACCCCAUCCCUGCCCACAUACAAUAUGGUCGUGGGGUCACUGUCCUGCACGUGUACGCCCUGCUUUCGUCACGUGCGCGCAUCUCUUUCCGUUCGUGACCUAGCCCGGGUGUGGAAUCUUCCUCGAAAGUGAAAGUCAAAUGGACGAUGCCUUCCAGAACACAUGGAAGAAACGCAAGCUCGGGCUUAGAGCAGGAACAUCGGCGCUAUCCCUUCACGAAAAGCUAGUUCCUCGACCGAUUGACUGAUUGUGUUAAUCUGUACCAGCUAGCUGUGACUUGUUGUGUAAAUCUGACGGGGAGGAACUUCCGAAGCAGAGUUGCGGACGAAUCAAGCUGCUUGCUACUGAACUUGGUCUCGUUGAGGUGCAGCCACAGGCCGAAGGCCAAAUCUAGCCGAUCAGAUGCGCCGCAUUGUUCCGUUAACUCGUGGUUCCAACA